UAUUCGUUUCAUGCAUCACAAUACACCGUUGGAUUCCCGUCACUUUCUCCGGUGACAAUCACCACCCAAAACAUCGCCGGCUAACAACCCUAAAAUCAAGACAAAAAUUAUAAAACAAAAACAAAAAAUUCAGCGCACAAUAGCAUGCACCACCUCCGCCCAGAAACCCUAAUCUCCCGUCGUUGACCCUGCAAGUCAACUAUAUCCAUAAUGUACAACAACGACGAUGACUUCACCACGGGGGUCCGAGACGGCCUCAGGCUAGCGAAACGUAUAUACUACGGUAAUGACCGCUCGGUGGUGGCCCCAAAACCGGUGACACCGAUGGAGAAAGCUACGAAAUCGUUGUACCCUACGUCUCCUAUGGUUUAUGCGGUUAUUUAUAAUCCGGCGAUUGUGGAUAAUCCGGAUAUGCCGAGUUAUCAGCCUCAUGUGCACGGUAGGUGUGAUCCGCCUGCGUUGAUCCCGCUUCAGAUGAAUGAUAUUUCUUUUGAGGUGGAGUGUUAUUUGGAUACGGCGUUUGUCACGAUGAGUGGCUCGUGGCGGGUGCAUUGUGUCAUGGGAGACGCGGAUUGUAGUUGUCGUGUUGCGAUUCCUAUGGGUGAAGAGGGUUCAAUUCUAGGUGCGGAGGUUGAAGUAGCAAGAAAAUCAUAUUCGACUAAACUAGUUGUGGAUGAAAAUGGUGAGGAAGAAAGUGCAGCCGUAGUCGAAGAUGGAGGUCUUCUGAAACCACACAUAUUUACUUUGACAAUACCACAGGUUGAUGGCGGUUCAAAUCUUUCCGUCAAAGUUAGAUGGACACAAAAGGUGAUUUAUAAAGAUGGUGAGUUCAUAUUGAAUGUACCUUAUAGCUUCCCAGAGUAUGUUACUCCUGCUUCAAAGAAACACCCCAAAAAGGAAAGGAUACAACUGAAGGUUAACUGUGGCCUGACUACCGAUAUUGCGUGUAAGACAACUAGUCAUCCUCUAAAGGAACGAAAGCGAGAACCAGGGAAGUUGGAUUUAUUGUAUGAAACACUUGUUCUUACAUGGUCGAGUACAGAUUUCAUCUUCAAAUACCAUGCUUUUACAACCAAUCUAUUUGGUAGUGUCCUUUUGAAGUCUCCAUCACCGCAAAGUAUUGAUCAAAGAGACAUGUUUUCCUUGUAUCUUUUCGCAUACCCUGAUAAGAGAAGAAAGGUGUUCAGGAAAGAAGCGGUUUUUAUUGUUGAUGUAAGUGAAAGCAUGCAAGGGAACACAAUUGAGCUUACAAAGAAUGCACUGAUUGCAGCACUCUCAAAGCUAGAGCCAGAUGAUUUUUUCGGUAUAAUGGCAUUCAACGACCAGACUCACUUGUAUUCAUCAACUUUAGAGUUAGCGACUAAUGAGUCACUCAAAAAAGCAAACGAGUGGAUUGACACGAAUUUCAUCGCGAGUGGGGGUACAAACAUGUCAAUCGCUUUAGAUCAGGCGCUAGAAUUGUUCUCAGGGACCAGCAAGUCAAUUCCAAUGGUUUUCUUUAUCACUGAUGGCGCCACUGAAAAUGAAAGACAGAUCUGUGAAGUUAUGCAGAAGCAACAAAAAAACAAAGGAUCAGCAUUGUUUCCUCGUAUUCACACGUUUGGUAUAGGUUCAUUCUGCAAUCAUUACUUCUUGCGAAUGCUAGCGAUGAUGAGCAGGGGACAUUAUGAUGCCUCUUAUGACGCGGAUUCGAUUGAAACUCGAAUGCAAAUGUGGGCUUCUAAAGCUUCUUCUUUAAUAAUGACAAACAUUUUAAUUGAUGGUCCAGAUGAUCUGGAAAUUUACCCUUCAACCAUUCCAGAUCUUUGUUAUAAUAGACCAUUGAUCAUAUCAGGGAGAUACAAGGGCAAAUUCCCAGAAAAACUGGAAGCUAAGGGCACCAUUGCUGAUAUGAGUAACUUCACUAUUGACAUAGAAGUACAACACACAAAUGACAUACCACUUGAAAAGAUGCUGGCAAAGAAUCAGAUCGAAUCAUAUACGACACAGGCAUGGUUCUCAGAAGAUAAAGAGCUUGAGGAGAAGGUAGCAAAGAUCAGCCUAGAGACAGGUACCGUGUCGGAAUACACACAUAUGAUCAUGUUAAAGACAGAACCACAUUAUAAACCUUCCAAAUCUGGAAAAACCGGAAAAAAACAGGGGAAAAAGAAACCUGAUCAAGAAGGCCUGAAAACCGAAAAGAUAUACACGUUGCAUCACUUGGGUCUCGGGUUUGGCAACAUGGUUGCAACAUUUGAAAACAUCCCUCCACGUUUUGUGCGGGCACCCAGUCAAACAGACAAGAUUGUGAGCGCGACGGGUAAUUGCUGUGCAGAUGUGUUUAGCAAAUGCUGUUGUAUGUGUUGCAUUCAAGCUUGUUCUAGAAUCAACAACCAAUGUUCGGUUGUGUUGACCCAAACAUGUGGUUUUUUGACCUGUUCCGCCUGCUGUGAAUGACAUUGAAGCUAUUUUUUAUGGUGUGCUAUGGUGAAAAAGCAGGAUCGUAUACGAAUUUGUUAAAAAGAAUACAGGAUAACAUGUACGAAAACAGUGGGACACGAUCUGACGAUCUGUAUUGUAAAUAUUGAAAAGUGUGGAAUAAGUGAAUAAGGAAUCGAUCGGCAUGUUAAAAAGAACUUAUAUACAGUCAACUGUUUCUUA